AUGAACAGAGGCAGCUCCUUCGCAAAAAGCCUCCAGGAAGAUUCCCAGAAAUCGGAGGAGAAAUGCAAGGCCUUCAAGGAUAUUUGCAAAUACUUCUCUAAGGAAGAAUGGGGAAAGCUGGGAAACUCACAGAAAUGCACCUAUGUGUACAUGAAGAGAAACUACGACACCAUGACUGGUCUAGAUGAGCGUCCUCAGGAAACUUCUGACCUGCAACACCUGAAGGAGAUGCCCAAGAAGCCAGGAAGCAAAGAAUAUGAUUUGAAAACACUUCCAGAAACACAUGGCUCAGAGCCAGCUCAGAAACAGCUGUGUCCCCCAGGAAAAGCAAAUGCCUCUAGUCAGCAGAUGGAGAAGACCCAGACACUGAAGACUAAUGUCUGGGCCUACAGGCUGAGGGAAAGAAAGAAUAUAGUCGUGUAUGAAGAGAUCAGUGACCUCGAGGAAGAUGAUUAA